CUGUGCGUGCAGAGGUUGUUAACGCGCGCGCCCAACGGUACCACGCGGCGUAUACGCAACGCCAGACAUAGACCGAAAAGACGAGAAAUUCGCGCGGCUAAGCGAGAGUCUGCCACCACCCCCCUGAAAGCGUGGACUUCCAGCUUCCAGAUUCCAGCUUCGAGAGCUUCUAGAACGAUAAAUCUUUAACGUGGAUUUUGCAUGUAAGCUAGCAAAAGUCUCUGCCACGGGAAUGAUGCAUGGAAUUUAAUAUGCGAGUGCCAUAAGCAAGUUCUUGCUUAAAUACUGGCAACAGCAGCAGCAGCAGCACCAGUGAAAGUGCAACGUUAAUUUGUGCCAAUAGAAUGCAGGCCCCAGUCUCCCAUGUGGAACUAGCAACGCGGCCAUAAAUAUCACAGGGAAGAACCUUUCGUGACAAGACAAAUAAAAGAAGGAAGGGAAGGGAAGGGAGAGCAGGCAGUCAGAGCAGCCAGCGUGCCGCAUUUAGAGGCAGUCAAACUGCCAGCCGUCGGGCGCAACGCUUCCUGCCUUCUGCUGCUGCCAUCCUGUGCCUUCAGCUCGGAGCCCCAGCAUUUCCGUUUCUUAUCGCGGCAAUGUAAACGCGUUUCCGUUUAAUGCUCAGAGGCACACCCUUGGCUCCGGCUGGAUUACAAGUAAAUUGGAAAGGAUUUUGAAGAUGAGCACGCAGCAGUCAGUGUUGGUGUUGCGGCUGCUCGGCGCCCUGCUGCUGGCCACGUUUAAUGGUUGCCUGCCCGCGGAUGGACUGCACCUGUCCAGCCUCUCCGUUCCGCGCAUUAUCGAUGUGGCGCAGAAGGCAAAGCUCUUCUGCAGCUACGAAAUGGGAAAUCGGACACUGAACUCCGUCAAAUGGUACAAGGACGGGCUGGAGUUUUUCAGAUAUUCGCCGCUAACACCGCCGACAACAAAUUGGUUCCCCGUGAAAGGUGUCACCAUCGCCGAGGGUUCGUCGCAUUGCAAUCAAUUCAUCUGCAACGUGGAGCUGGAGAAGCUCAACAUUCAUUCGUCCGGCCAGUACCGCUGCGAGGUGUCCGGCGAUGCGCCCGAGUUCAAGCUGAUCGAUCAGACGGCCAAUAUGACAGUCGGUGUCCUUCCAAAAUUCGAUCCAUUCAUAUCGGGCGUGCGACACGCCUACAAAUAUCACGACACGCUGCUGGCCAAUUGCAGCUCGGAAUGGUCAAGUCCGGCGGCCAGGCUUAUGUGGCACAUCAACAACAAAACGGCGCCCCAGCACAGCCUGCAGCCACAAAUCAAUGAGAUCACACGCAAUGUCGAAGGGUUUCCGCUGUUCGCCAGCAACCUGCAGCUGCGCCUGCAUCUGGAUGACCAGCGGUACAUCAGCAAGAGCGAGAUGCUGGAGCUGCGCUGCAGCGCGGACAUAAUGGGUCUGGCCAGUGCACGGCGCGAGAGUCGCGUGAGGACCACAGUGCUGGCGCUCAAGGAUGCGGGCAGCAAUCAGCGUUACACCGAGAAUGGCGCCUGCAUUAGCGGUCAACCAGCUUCCUUGGCCGCCUGGCUGCUGGGCCUCGCACACUUGCUGCGCUGGCAGCGCACUCAGAGUUAGUGGCUCGCCCUCAUGAGCGCCCUCUGUGUGUCAUAAGCGCCAUCUAGGUGUCAUCAGGUUCUGGGGGACUCUAAACGAGGAGGCGACAAAUCAAUUGAAGAAGAAAAGUUAACAAAAAACAGCAAACAAAAUGUAAAUAGUUGAAAUUUCGAAUUAGUUUAGGGAAACGUGCAGGAAGCUCAUCCAUUUCCUAUAAGUGUAAUGCAAAAUAUUAAUGUACGAGGAGUGUAUG